AUGCUGAUUUAUUUCGAAAUCAAUUCCAAGGACAGUAAUCUUACCAGUGGUCAAGAUACACUCGAAAUAUAUAGCAACGCUAUCUCUAGUACUUGCUACCACUUGUUAGCCUCAUUGCUAUUCGUUGUCUAUUAUGCUAAGAUUAUACUUCAGAAAGAGACUCAUAAAUUCGAGUUCUACCGACCGUUCCAUGGUCUCAUGUACCUAUCGAUUGUCUCUAUCAGCUCAUUGAUUUGCUACAGUCUCUAUAAACCUCAUUCUUGGAGUCCAACUCUAGCACCCCAACCACAAAAAUUAUUCGGAGAGAACGAAUACAUAUUCUGUGCUUUUUAUAUCCCAUUCCUAUGGAUUCUAUCCGCUAAUUUGUCAUAUUCGGACUACUUUCAAUCAAUAUUCCAGAAAGAAGAGGGUAUGAAAUAUAAGAGUGAAGAUGAACGACGAAUUGCCACUGUGCCAGCUAUUUUCUAA